CUGAUUGGCUGACGUAUGGCAGGCGCGAAAAACCCAGACUGUUGGAAAGCCCGACUGCUUGAGGGCGGAAGUACUGCGCCGACGUACGCCUUAGUAAGGGCGGAAGUGGCUUCCCCAGCGGAAGUGGCUCCUGUAAGGGCGCAAAGCAGCGUGGCUGUGGUCUUAGCUGGGGUUCUAACCCCUCUGGGCUGCCGCCCCGGCUGGCAUACCGCCAUGGAACUCAGCGCCGAAUACCUUCGGGAGAAGCUGCAGCGGGACCUGGAGGCGGAGCAUGUGGAGGUGGAAGACACUACCCUCAACCGUUGCGCCUGUAGCUUCCGAGUCCUGGUGGUGUCGGCCAAGUUCGAGGGGAAGCCGCUGCUUCAGAGACACCGGCUGGUGAACGCGUGCCUAGCAGAAGAGCUCCCGCACAUCCAUGCCUUUGAACAGAAAACCCUGACCCCAGAGCAGUGGGCCCGUGAGCGGCAGAAAUGAGGGACUAGGACCUUCACAGCCAUUAAAUUAUAAAUCCGGACCAG